AUAAAUGCCUAAGCUUAUCAACGCAGCUCCCGAACUUCUCCAAUAGCCCCGACAACCGACGUCGCAUCAACUCGUCCCUCCGUUUGUGUAACUUUUCUUUAAAUUAUUUUCACUCCUUCAGGCCGGUCACUUAGUCUGGCCUUCCGGCAUGUUUCGGGAAAUCCAAUUUUUUGGCCCAGCGUAGUAGAUACUGCGGCGGUUUGGCAGGGGAACGUUGCUGCAAUUGAAAUGGACUACGCCGUGUCGAACCUGAAUUCGGGUGUUUGCCGUGUUGGGCUCAUCUUUCACCACUCUUGACAUAGUUCCUUGCUGUAGAAUAGCGACUGCAUACAGGGCAAGUCUGGCAGCUGGGACUAUUAGAUCCUCAGUUCCAUACGUUCUGGCACAGGGCUUAAUCCCACAUUUCCACUCAUUCGCUGGUAAACAACCAAAUCCCCAUUACCUUCAUCCCCUCUGCAAUCUUGUUAGAUCUUCAACAUGGCCGACGAAAAUAUCGUGUCUAAGCCUGACCUUAAAGCCAAAGACUUCGUCCCACGGGGCAAGAAGUCCUCUUCCCCGUUCAACACUACCUUAUUCCUUGGUCUCAGAGUCCUCGAUUGUUUCGUUCAAUACAUUCUCCUCUCCUCAACCUACGGAACCAAUAUAAUCAAGUUUCUCGGUGGCUCCGUUAUCCCUUCUCCCUCCCCGCUUCAAACCGGAAUUGAUCCUAUCGAUGCUCUCAACCUUUCGCUAUACCGAGCCAUUCUGUUAUGUAUGAUUAGUACGACCACGGCAAAACACAUAUGGUUCGUCCUCUGCGUCGCCGAAGAAGCAUGGACAGUAUCGGGCGCCGUAAUCGUCGCCAUAUUCAACACGUUCUGGAACUCCCUGAACAACCUACUUUUCCUCUGUGCUCUUACCUCUGCCACUUCGCACCCCGCUGGAGAAUCUCUCUCCAACCCGUACCUUCUUUCCGGUGUCAUUCUUUUUGUGCUGGGAAUUGGAGCAGAAUGGCAAUGCGAGAUCCACCGCAAGGCUUUCAAGAAGGAUCCAAAAAACAAAGGAAAGCCAUUUACGGAAGGUCUCUUCCAGGUCGUGAGACACCCGAACUACGCUGGGUACAGUCUUUGGAGAGCUGCUGGUGCCUUGGCUACCUCGGGACUGACUUCUUCCAUCCUUACCGGCGCUUUCUUUCUCUAUGAUUUCAAUUCAAGGGCAAUCCCUGCACUGGACGAGUAUUGUUCGAAGAGAUAUGGGGCUAUGUGGGCAGAGUACAAGAAGAGGACGAGGUCCCUGUUGGUUCCUGGAUUCUUGUAAGCACGGCCGCAUCGUUUGCAUGCCCCUGCCGUGCGCUUGCCAGAGAUCCUGUCAGUUUUCGCAUAGGAAAAUCCCUUUAUGUCGGGAAGGAACUCACAGUUAUUUAGAGGGCGGUAUAGGCUAGCUAGAUAGGAUUGGUGUUCAUGGUUUUCCUGAUAAUUUAAGUUUUUAGGAUUAUAUGGACCUAGUGGUGCGCUUAUCAAUUGAAGUUCAAUGAUGCUCUUUCCACAUCCUUUGACUUUGCGUUCUCUUUUCAAAUAUCGU